AAAUUUUUUCUUAAUCAUGGGUUAAGGAAAUUUAUUUCAUUAAUAGAUAAGAGUUAUGUGUAAUAAUACCUUCAUUAUUUGGAGGUUAAAAUCAUAGUGCAGAAAAUAGGAUAUUGUAAGAUUACUUGUAUCUACUUUGCAAUAAAACUGCCAAGAUGGAUCAAAUGCUUCCGAGUCCUGGAUUUAGCAUACCAAGCAUUGGCACACCGUUGCAUCAACCAGACGAGGACCAGCAAAUUUUACCAAAUGCUCUCCAACAACAGCAAGACUCCCAGCAGCAACAAUUUCAAAUCCAACAACAAAUUCAUUCCAUGAGUUCGAUGCAAAGUAAUAUGAUGAUGCAAACACCACAAAAAACUAUGCACACGUAUGCGAUGAGUCAACCCUUUGCUACCCCUCAAAGUAUGAUGCAGCCUCAAACUCCACAAAAUAUCAUGUCCCCACUUGUUCAACCAUCCAGUCAAAUUGCGCCUUCGUCGAUAGGACCAUCCACGCCUGGUCCUAUGACGCCAAUGACUCCAGCUUCCGCAGAUCCUGGUAUUCUUCCUCAAUUACAAAACAUCGUUUCAACGGUGAAUUUGAACUGUAAGUUAGACUUGAAGAAAAUAGCACUGCACGCAAGAAAUGCAGAAUACAAUCCUAAGCGUUUUGCCGCUGUUAUUAUGAGAAUACGUGAACCUAGGACGACUGCUCUUAUUUUCAGUAGUGGGAAAAUGGUUUGUACAGGAGCUAAAAGUGAAGAGGAUUCUCGACUUGCAGCUCGAAAAUAUGCGCGAAUUAUACAAAAAUUAGGAUUUCCGGCUAAGUUCCUAGACUUUAAAAUUCAAAAUAUGGUUGGGAGCUGUGACGUUAAAUUUCCAAUUAGAUUAGAAGGUCUAGUCCUUACACACGGUCAGUUCUCAUCGUAUGAACCAGAAUUAUUUCCUGGCCUUAUUUAUCGAAUGGUGAAACCUCGUAUUGUACUGCUUAUUUUUGUAUCUGGAAAAGUAGUACUGACUGGUGCAAAAGUACGUCAAGAAAUAUACGAGGCAUUUGAUAAUAUUUAUCCUAUUCUGAAAAGUUUUAAAAAGCAGUGAUAUCCGUCUAAUGUUAUUAGAUGAAGUUUUAAAGGGAUUGUAUGUACUUUUUUUUAACCUACGUCAAACCAAACAUCACAAAAUAUUUAUAUUUUUGGACAUUAUCACAUUGGACAUUAUAUAAAGAAUUGAGAUACUUUUUACUCUAUUUUUCCGCCUGGAUAAAUUGAAUUUUUAAUAAUGUUAAUGCAGAAAUAGGUGUACUGCGCUAGUCUUAUAAAAAAAAUAAAUAAAUAAAUAA